AUGUCAGCUCUGAGCAAUGUGAAACCUGGCAAAGUGAGGACCAUUGUCAGAAAACUGAAAUCAAAUAAUGUCAUUCAUAUUCACUGUGUGGCUCCUGAAAAGAAAAAUGGACCAGAAGAUAACUUUAUAUUAUACGUAAAUGACAAUUUAAAAUUUAAGAGCAAGAAGUGUGAGUUUGAUGUUAAAGAUCUUCAUUAUUUGACUAAAUAUAAUUUUAAGAUCAUCUUCAACAAUGGAAAAUUUGAUGGGGAUUCAGAGUCAUUUGAAGAAUAUACAAAAUAUAAUGAUAGGGCUUUGAUUGGAUUUCUGGCAUUCCUUAUAGUCAUCACAUCAUUAGCUUUACUCCUGGUGCUGUUUAAAAUCUACAAGCUGCAGAAGAAAUCUUCAAGGCAAUAUGAUGACAACAUCCCACUUGCUCAAAAUGAAGAGGACCGACUGCUUAACAUAGAACCCAUACUUGUUGAAAAUCUCCUGGACACCUAUAAGCGAAAAAAUGCAGAUGAGGGUCGGCUAUUCCUUGACGAAUUUCAGAGCAUUCCGCGUGUGUUCAGCAAAUUCAGCAUCAAGGAAGCCAGAAAGUCAUGUAACCAAGCUAAAAACCGAUACAUCGACAUUUUGCCAUAUGAUGAUAAUCGGGUAGUCCUGUCUGAGAUAAGCGGAGAACCUGGUUCAGACUAUAUCAAUGCCAGCUACAUUAAUGGAUUUAAGGAGCCAAGGAAAUACAUAGCAGCUCAAGGUCCUAAGGAAGAGACUAUGAAUGACUUCUGGAGAAUGAUCUGGGAACAAAAGUCAACAAUUAUCGUGAUGGUGACUCGCUGUGAGGAAGGGAACCGGAACAAAUGUGCUCAGUACUGGCCAAUAUUGGAAGGUGAACGAGCUAUGUUUGGAGAUGUCGAGGUAACAAUGAAUGAGGAGAAAAUAUUCCCUGAUUACAUCACCCGCAAGCUGCACAUCACCAAUAAACGUGAAAAAUCAGAGCGCAGUAUAACUCACAUCCAGUUCACUGUAUGGCCCGACCACGGAGUACCUGAUGACCCCAAUCUACUUCUUAAACUGCGUCGAAGAGUUAAUGCCUUAAGCAAUUUUUUCAGUGGGCCAAUAGUUGUUCACUGCAGUGCUGGAGUUGGGCGUACAGGGACAUAUAUUAGCAUUGAUGCCAUGCUUGAAGGUGUAGAAGCCGAGGGCAGAGUGGAUGUAUAUGGCUAUGUGGUACAGCUUAGGCGUCAACGCUGCCUCAUGGUACAAGUAGAGUCUCAGUAUAUCUUCAUUCACAAAGCUUUGGUGGAAUAUAAUCAAUUUGGGGAGACAGAAGUCAAUAUGCUUGAGUUGCCACUUACCCUCAACAACCUGAAGAAGAAAGACUCUUCCUCCGAGCCUUCUCAACUGGAGUGUGAGUUCCAGAGAAUCCCAUCAUACAGAAACUGGAGACCACAAGCCACUGGAAAUCACACAGAUAACAAGGACAAGAACUGUGAUCCCAACGUUAUUCCAUAUGAAUAUAACAGAGUUCCAAUUAAACCGGAUGAUGGGCAGACUGAGGAGAGGCACGCUGAAUCCGAUGUUUCUUCUGAUGAAGAUAGUGAUGAUGAUGAAUCCAUAUAUAUUAACGCCUCAUUUAUAACAGGGUAUUGGGGGACACGAGCCAUAAUUGCAGCUCAAGGACCUCUGAAAAACACAGUGUCUGAAUUUUGGCAAAUGGUCUAUCAGAAGAAAGUAAAAACCAUUGUCAUGCUGUCUGGACCAUCUGACAAAGAUAAAGAGGGGACCUGCUUUCCUUACUGGCUGGAGAAGAAGCAGUCAUACGAUGAUCUUGAAGUAGAGGUGACCAAUGAGAAGGCAUCCAGCAGCUACACACAACGCUCUUUUGAAAUCAGGCACACCAAGAGGAAGGACGUUAAAAAAAUCUCUCAGUUCCACUAUGACCAAUGGGAAGACACUCUUCCCACAGAAACCAAAGAUCUAUUGGAAAUGAUCAAGAAUAUCCAGACGAUGCCUCUAUCUAAGACUGAAGAAGAGGAAAAUAAAUGUGGCAAAUUGACCACCAUCCUUGUUCACUGCAGGAAUGGAGCUCAGCUGACAGGAACUUUCUGUGGUCUGUGGAAUAUUCUGGAAAGUGCAAAUGCAGAAGGCGUAAUAGAUGUUUUCCAGACUGUAAAAAAAUUACGUAAACAGCGACCUGGCAUGGUGUAUUCUUUUGAACAUUACCAGUUCCUGUACGAUACUCUUGCCAGUACUGUUCCAGCUCAGAAUGGUCAAGUCAAGACACAUACAAGACAAGAAGAUAAAUUGGAGCUCCAAAAUGAAUUGGAGACAAAACAUCCAGAAAUCAUAGAGCUGUUACCACGUGCCUCUAGUCAAGAGUUUGAAUCUGGUCCGAAACCGGUAGAGGGCGAAUCUGCACCUAAUGGGCCAAGUGCAGCGCCAUUUACAGAAGUAACUCUGAGAAUAGAUGAGUGAGCAGGGAAGUGAAGUGGAGAUUGGAAUCAUUGGACAUUUAAAAAAUUAGGGACAUUUCUGUUACCCAAUGAGCUUUGUCAUGAACAAUACCAGUAGGGAACAAUGGGUUUCUUUAUGUACAAAGAACAAGUGUCUAGUGUUAGCAGUUGAAAUGCAUUGCAGUACGCUUAGCAAAAUUAUGAGAUUCACUGCAAUUCAGCCAUUUUUGCUGUUAACUCAAAUUGACAAAGCCGUAGAUAUAGAGAUAUUAAAAAAACAAAACAAUGCAGAGCAGAGCAGUCUAAAAAAAAAAUAUGCCUAUAUAUGUAUAUGAUCUGGCUAAGCUUUUUAAGCCAGCAGCCUUAAGCCUGCCUGGAAAACCCAUAGUGCACAUUGUGAAUUAAACAGAAUGUAGAUACACAGACUAUCAUUGUAAAGCUAUGUUAAAAACUGGCCUAGAUAGCUUUGGAUAUCACAUCUAUGGUAAAGCCCACUUACCCCAUAAUUAUAGUAUGUUCUCCGCCAAAGCGCAUUUUGCACUAUACUAUACACGAGCACUGUCAACCAAGCGUCUAUGUUGUAACGAGAUAUUGUUUUGUUAAAUGUGUUACAUCCUGCUUUGAGGUCCUGGUAGUGCCUACAGUGCGGACAACAUACUUAAAGGCAACAGUCAGGUCUGUCCUGAAAAACAUGAAAAUUACUUGCCCUAUAUCACCAAAAGGCAGGUCAGGAUGGAUCUAAUUUACUAUUUAAGAAAAUUUAAUAAUGGCACUGUAAAAUAUGGUACAAAGAAUUUUAAUGUUUAAGGAUCCUAUGAAGUUUUCUAUUUCAACAGUAUUGUUCACUAUCUAAAAAAUAUAAGUGAAUGGCAAUUAGGAAAAUUUACCUUGUUAUACACUAAAGUGAGAAUCCAACGUGACUUCACAGAUAAUUUAAUUUAGAAUUUAAGGCUAGGGUUGUUGAAUGGAAAGCACAGAUCACAGAUUUUGUUCUAGUUCGGCUUUUUUGACCUUAAAUUUGAAAUUCAUUUUGACUUCACCUUGAAUUCUCACAUUAGUCAAUAAUCCUGAAUAUUUUAGUGAGAAGAAUCGACAUCUAACCAAAGUACUCAAAAAUGAUAUCACUCAUAUACAAAGAUUAUUUUAUAAAGUUCUGUAAUUUUGUAAAGACGCUUCACAGAAGAGGGUGCUUUGAAACUGAAUCCUUUAGGUUAACCUUUAGUGGGGUUGUUUUUUUUUUCAUGGGUCAAUGCUUCUGCGAGACCCAAAUACUUCUUCUUAAUACCAACUGAGCCAUAACAUUGCUGCUGUAAUUUCUUGCAGAUUUUUAUUUACUAGUUCAUUUAAUAUAUUGUACGGACCACUUAAACACACCAUAGUAAAUUAGGACCAAGGAAACCCACAGUUAGCACUUCUACAUUUAAUAUUCUAUUAAAGUAAGCCUGACUGAGGACCAUUGUAAAUAAAGCUCUACAUUAUUUUGAGAACUAGAAAAAUCAAGAACUGUCUCAGAUCUAGACUGGUCCCUUAGUAUGCCUUUUGUACAAUUUGGGGGAGAAUUUUAAAGAACUAGAGUCCCAUUGUCUUAAUUAUGUCUCUGUUUUGCUAUCAUGUAUAGCUAUGUCUAAAUGUUUUUAUAAAUGCAAAUUCAUAUCGAUUCUUUUUUUUACUCUCGACCUUCAGCUUUUUCUUGUAUACAGAUAACAUAUUAUAUACAUAUGUGCAUAUUGGCGUAAUGUUUAUUUUGAUACAGCCUCACUGUUCUGAAUCCACUUCCUUGAUUUUACUAUUGACUGAGUUCAUAAACAUGCAAUAUGACCAUUGGCAUUCAUUCAUCCUCCGUCAUGGGAGUUCAUAGACACGUGAUUUUUUUUACUCUUUGGUCAUUAUAUCAGCCUAAUAUAUUUAACAUCAGAGUUACCACAUAGCUUUCUAAAGCUUUUUAUUUUCUCAUCCCAUCGCAACCCAACAAGAACCAACCUUUAGAUCAACCAGGCUUCUUGUUUUUGUGAACAUUAUAUUUUAACAAUUUUGCUUUCUAUUGAUAUCUUUGGUUACAUGUUAAAAUGAUACUUUUUCAUUCACAUGAAUGGAAAUUUACAAACUGUAACGUUCUUUAUUAUUUAAUAUUGUUUUGUAAAGAUAUAGCACAGUGCACGUGUUAUUAGAAAAUAAAAAUUAUGGCUAAACCUUUUAAAGUGUGAAACAUUUUAU